UAUCCGUCCAAAUGUUUUUAACACCGCCGAUGUCGGUCCCAAGCCCGAAUGAAAAAGGUGGAGGGUUGUGGAAGGCCGCUAAGAGCCAGCUUGAAAAACAUUUGAGAACUCAUAUGCAUGAUCUUAACUGUUUCGUAAUAAACCUAGGUCAUCAUUGAGAUUAGAUGUGAGACAAGAUUGUCUGGAAGAAAACUAUGAUAUUAUCAGCUGGGACUAAUCAUUUGCUCACGAGACAUGAGACAUCUGGUCUAAGGGUAAACCCUAUGUAUCUGAGAGAAAAAUUAGAAAUCUUGUCGUUCAGUAUAUUGGCAGAUUUACGAUAAUUUGAAUUUUCAAGACCCAACAUCACUAUCUAUUUUUCGACCAGAUACUCUAAAAUCAUACAGUACUUUCAGAUUUACCAAUUAUUGUUCUUUGAUCUCACAAAACACAUAGAAUCAUCCUCUUAUUUCAGGUUGAUCAUGUUACUAGAGGAUCUGCACGGCCCAAACUUAUCUAACCUUGCCUGAUCUUAGUAUUGUGCAAAACAUGUCAAGCUCAAGAAGAAACAGCAGAAAGAUCAGUUCUUCAUGGCAAACCAUUAAUCCUUAUUUUGUUAGAUGAGUAGCUUCUCUUUUGAAUGUAGAUAACUUUCUUGAACUCCUUGAAUUACUGGUCAAAUUCCUGCUACAGGCAUUAAUUAGAUAUUUGGACUUCUUCUGACACUAUAGAUCAUUAUAGUGUCUGUAAUUGUAAAUAAAUUUUCUCUCAAUAUGUCACUCAAACUUCUUAGCUAUUUUGUUUCUUUUUUUGGUUGUAAUCUUUACAUGUUUCCAUAGUAUCUUUUUAUGUAUUUCAAUGUCAUUUGUGCAAAUAUGGGUGGAAAUGGUAGCCUAACCAAAGGCGAAGAAGCUGCUGAUGCUAGCAAGGUAUCUGAUCAAUCAGCUGAAAGGAAAAAAAGUUUGGUGGACUGGAUGAACUUGAUUAAACCUGCUAAUGGGGAGAAAGAUCACUGGGUUCCGGAUGAAGCUGUUAGCAAAUGCACAUCAUGUGGAUCAGAUUUUGGAGCUUUCAAUCGCAGGCAUCAUUGCAGGAAUUGUGGUGAUAUUUUCUGCGACAAGUGCACAAAGGGUAGAAUUGCUCUCACUGCAGAAGAAAAUGCUCAGCAAGUCCGAGUUUGUGAUAGAUGCAUGGUAGAAGUUUCUCAAAGGUUACGCAAUGCAAAAGAAGCUGUCAGCAAACCUGCCGGUCUGCAAAGUCAUGAAGAUCUUGCGCGAAGGCUUCAGGAGGAAUUGAACAAGAAUCGUAAGUCGGGUUCAAAUUCUGAUGAGUCUUGGAAGCCAACGAGGGAAGUAGCAUGUCCCAUCUGCACAGUCCACCUUCAGGUGCAAGUUCCUGCCUCAGGCUCCCAAACAAUCGAAUGUGGUGUCUGUCAACACCCUUUCUUGGUUGAUGCAGGUUGAGUCAGCCACAGCCCCACAUCGAGUCAAUAAACCGUGGCCGGUUUCAGGUUACAGCAAGAAAUCCAUGCCCGGUGCUUUUCAGACAUGUAUUAUGGUUCAUCAUCAUAAGUCUGAAUGUACUGGAUCAAUCAGCAGAGUUAAUGGACAACCAUUAGAGGUUUCACGGAAACAAGGACUUCAUUGGGGAAGUUCUUUCUUUCCUUUCUCGGCCUUACCCUCGGUCAAAUGCAAUCAGAUUAUGCAAGGUAGAAAUGGCUGCCACGGUAAGAGGCUUUGGUUACUACAAAAUUUUGGGAAUUCAAAUGUAUGCAGUUGUCUCUCCCUGUGCAGUAAGAUUUUUUUCCUAUUAUUGAAGUCCUUGGUGCUUAUUUGCUACCUCCACCUUUCUGCACAACAAAAAUGGUCUACAGAUUGGAGGAACGCCAUUGUGGACCUUCUAUAUUGGUUUGGUAUGAAGCCCCCAUUCAGCACAUAGGCUGGUCUUUCCAUGCUAGUUGGUAGAUAUCAUGUGUCAAGGUUGGCAACCUUCUUUCCAAAAUCUUUGCAUCAAAAUGCAAGUGCAGCCAAAAGAAGCAAAUGGCAGACCCUGUUGAAAAUAUCAUAUGUUCGUUGCUGCUAAAUCAGUGGUCUGAUUUAGCCUUGAGAUUGUUAUUUAAGUUGCUGCUAAAUGAAUUCUUCCCAUGAAUCAGAAUCUGUUCAUGGGAAGAAUUCAUUUGUAAAAAGUACAAAAAUCAAAACCAAAGCAUAGCACAAUCUACACUUUGGCGGGCUUCAUGUAUUGACUCAACCAUGAUUAGUUGACUAUGAUGAAAAGCUCAGAAUAGAUCUAUUUUUAAAUUAUGGUAAAAAAAGUUAAAAUGUUGUCGGCUAUAGAUGUCAGAUUUGAAGUUGAGUGGAAGUAGUCCUAUUGUACCUUUUCAAAAAUAAGCUCAUGGUGACAUCUAGAUGAGUGGAAUAUUGAACAAUACAUAUAUGAAAUUUCACAUUGUCUCUAUGAGCAGGGUUUGAUGUCUCCUCUAAUGUUGUGUUACGUUUGCCUUUGCCUGGAAUUGGUGUUCCAAAAUCAUUGCCAAAAGGUUUUGUGUCCUUUUUCAAUAUUUGUGACAUUUCUUUAUUGUAUUAUCAGUUUUGUGUAUUUUUGGCAUAAGAUAAAGAUACUUAUAUAGGUCAUUAGAAUCCAAAAACAAAGCCAAAAAAUCAUGGAUCCUUUUCUUAUAUACGUGUUCUGUUGCAUCUUUCUUGUGUGUCCUUGCAUGUGAUAACAUAUGGUUCUAUAGUUUAUUAUACUCUAAAACAAUUAAGUGCUACUUAUGGUUAUGGAUAUAUAUGAUUAUAUUUUAGGAUUAUUUAGAUACUGCAGAAUUCAGAUCAUAUCUACAACCUCCUAAAGGACAAAUGGAAGUUAUCUUGACGAAUUAUAUUUUCAGUAUUCUGGAAUGUACAUUUCUGCAUGCACAGACCUUAAGAUAUCGACUUAAUCCAGCUUGGUACAGUAUAAUAUUUUUUCAUGAUUGUAUUAUGCUUCAAUCUGCUGAUCACAAUAACUUAAAUAACAUUCUUUUGGUCGAUGUACUUCAGGAUGUAGAUUGUUUGGAACAUGCCAAAUACAACACUAGUAAUGAUGUGGAGUAUCUGAAAACAUAAAAACAUUUGUGAGGCAGUUGCUCUACAAUCCUAGACUUCUAUCUGCAUGUCCCGCAGCUUUUGUUGAAGCAAAGCUCUGUCAAGUUGAACAAGAGCGUGAGCUGAAUUAGCAGAUUCAAAAACAGUCUUGAAACUUUAUGUUCACAUUGAACUUGAUUGUUUAUUUAAUUGUGUGGAUGUACCUGUUAAAUUUAUGAAAUUUGUUUUCAUGUUGAAGUGUAGUGAUGGCCUAUGUAGGAUGUGAGAAAUGUCGACUGUGAGAAAAUCUUCAAACUCAAGGUUUAGUUCUCGUCUCCAUUUACAGUCUGAAACCAUUUAUACUAGCUUUUGUCAAGGUUUCAUAUGUUCAUUUGCUAGGUUUCUCCCAAAAAAUCAUGAAUCAGAAAACGAUUUGUGGUUCAUUCUAUGAUUGACAUUUCAUAUCUUGUUGAAUACUGGUGGCGAAUUCUUGGGUAGGUUUUUGUUUUUCUUUUGACCUUUUUAAUUAAUAUAUCUUAUAUACAAAAUAUAGAUCUUAUUGUUGCUAGUGUUCACAACCAAGCAGGUUAGCCUUAUAGUUGCACUCUCUCGAAAGUUAUUUUCACAAUGGAAACUUAAUAUUGCUCUGAAGGUAAAUUUGGUAAAAAAUAUAUAAUUUUUCCACGAAAAGCUUUUUUUUGUUUUUUUUUUACGAAACGUCCCUUCAUAAAUAUUUUCUUUUUACCUUUUUAUCUCUGUAUAAACCUGUGGAUCUUAGACCACCUAUUCAAGUGUAUAGUUUGGUUUAGUAAAUGUCUUUUGUAUUAUCAGUUUUGUGUAUUUUUUGCAUGAGAUAAAGAUACUUAUGUAGGUCAUUAGAAUCCGAAAACAAAGCUAAAAAAUCCUGGAUCCUUUUCUUAUAUACGUAUUCUGUUGCAUCUUUCUGGUGUGUCCUUCAUAUGAUAACAUAUGGUUCUAUAGUUUAUUAUACUCUAAAACAAUUAAGUGCUACUUAUGGUUAUGGAUAUAUAUGAUUAUAUUUUAGGAUUAUUUAGAUACUACAGAAUUCAGAUCAUAUCUAGGAAGUUAUCUUAACGAAUUACAUUUUCAGUAUUCUGGAUUGUACAUUUCUGCAUGCAUAGACCUUAAGAUAUCGACUUAAUCCAGCUUGGUGCAGUAUAAUAUUUUUUCAUGAUUGUAUUAUGCUUCAAUCUGCUGAUCACAAUAACUUAAAUAACAUUCUUUUGGUCGAUGUACUUCAUGAUGCAGAGAUUGUUUGGAACAUGCCAAAUACAACACUAGCAAUGAUGUGGAGUAUCUGAAAACAUAAAAACAUUUGUGAGGCAGUUGCUCUACAAUCCUAGACUUCUAUCUGCAUGUCCUGCGGCUUUUGUUGAAGUAAAGCUCUGUCAAGUUGAACAAGAGCGUGAGCAGAAUUAGCAGAUUCAAAAAUAGCCCUGAAACUUUAUGUUCACAUUGUGAACUUGAUUGUUUUGUUUAAUUGUGUGGAUGUGCCUGUUAAAUUUAUGAAAUUUGUUUGCA